UAGGAGUCGAGGUAGGUUCCUCGGCAAGGGCAUGGAAACGGAGGACGCGCCAGGUCCGUCGAAGAUGGCGUCGAAUGCGAAGGCCAAGCGAACUGGAGGAGGCCGGAGGGAGUUUCAAUUCUGCUCGGUGUGCAGGUGCAACCACGACCAAGGGAAUCGCCACAGGUACUUCCCCGGCCACGUCCGCUCGCUCACCACCCUCCUUUCUCGUUUCCACCGCAAGAUCUCCGAUCUCCGCUCCUUUGUACGAAAUCCUUCCCUUCUUCUCCCCGAGCACGACGCUGCUCUCAAUCGCCUCUGGUGCAUCUUCUGCAGUUGUGAUCUGCACGAGACAGACAGCCUCUUCGCACGUAGUAAUGCGAUCAAGCAUCUGGCGAGCUCAAUGCAUCUGUUGAACCUGAAGAAUUUCCUAGAGAAACACGGAGGAGGGAUGGAUCGGGUCGAUUCUUUUAGGGUCUCUGAAGCAGAUCUAGUGAAGUGGGAGAAGGGCUGUGAGGCUUUAAAAGGUGCAGUGCCAUUUUCUUGCAAUAGGACUAUUGAACCAUCGCUUGGCUCAUCAAAAGAUAUCCAACAUGCAGUUACCUCUAACAUUGAAGAAAAUUCUGUCCAUUCUACUUUCUCAUAUAUUUCUGAUUCUGUUAUACCUUUACAAAAUCUUACCAAUGAGAAUUAUGUGGAAUACCAUCCAAAAGUUAAUGGAUUCCCCAUCAGUGGCUCCGUUUCAAAUGCUGCUACUUCCUGUUCAAUAAGCAUGGAGGGAAAUGAUGACCUUAAUAAUGCCUGUAUCUUUGGAAGCCCUUCAAGGCAAUUAUCAGUUAGCACAUCCACUUGCUAUGUGAAGAACGUGAUUAGACUGCCUCCAAACAAUUCAAUUGAUAAGCGAAUUGGCUCUGCUGGAGAUCCCAACCAGGCGUUGCCAGAGCCCACUCUAAGAUCCUUGUCUUCAGAAGUCAGCCAACUGAAUGUGCAUGCCGGCGGUCCACCGCCUUGGUUUGAGAUAAGCGAAGGCCAGGGAAGCAAUGUAACGAAAGAAGAUACAAAUACUAACACACUAGCCUCUCAAUCAUUUCACUCCAUGAAGUCAAAAGAGCUAAAUCCAAAACGCGUGGGAGCUGCAUGGGCUGAAAGAAGAAGAGCUGAACUAAAGAUGGAGAAGAGAGAAAUUGUCUCAAAGAGUUGGCUUCCGAAUUUUGGUAGUGUGUGGCAAGAAGGUACCCGAAAGAAAUCUCGAAAAGAAUUUGAAAUGAGAAAUAGGAUACAUUCCGGUAAUGAGAGCCCAUCCGAGAUUUCACCUAAGGUGCAGCCUUACAUUAGCAAAAGACACCGCUCAUCUGAUUUGCGGGGGGCACCCGACAUUUAAUCAAGCAGUUCUGACUUUUACUCAGGAUCCUUAUCGGUCUUAUUCAAAACGAUUCUCGGGCUCAUCCCUCAGACCUUGCAUUUUCUGGAGCCCUAUGUCUUGGAGUUUUCCUCUUGAAAUUUCAAAGAGUAUAAUGAAGUUUUGCAAAUGUUGUACAGCUUAGUAUUAUCUGUUUACCUGGUUCGAGACCUUCACAUCUUGGACAUGUAGUAAUCAAAACAGUGAGGCGACUUAAAAGCUGACGUGUGUUGAUUUUUCUA